AUGGUCCACGCAGUCGAACCAGUUAUGCCGUCGGCAAACAUCGCCUCUACGGGGCCUCGCCCCCGGAAGGGCACCUUCCAGGAUAUCCCCGUCUCGUCCACCUCCCAUCCCGAUAAUCCUAUUCCUGAAGAGCCCCGAGGGGUCCGAACUCUCUCUGUGACAGAUAUCAACUUCAAUGUCUCGUCCCAAGAAAGCUCCGACACGAACGGUUCCAACUCACCCGCGUCCCCUAUCACACCACCCGACUCUCAGAGCGAAAAAGAGCUUGACGACGUCAUUCGUCGCCGCCGCCGAGCCUCGACCGUUUUGAUCUCUCAGAAUUCAAAUGAUAUGAGAAGAGUGCUGGAGAAUGUCGGCACGGGUGGUACUCAGAAGAUCCAGUCUUCGUGCUGUGGCGGGGGUUGCUGCCGAGGACAGCAAUUGCGACCGAUUGAUGGGCCCAUCUCGGGUUUCAAUUCCAUUACUCCUCCCGAUAACAAGGCUUACAAUAGUCUGGGCCUGAAUUUGGAAUUCCUCACGCUAGAUAGCGAUCUCUCCAGCAUUGCCGCGCUCCCGGAGAAAACGGUCUCUUUCAAGUCCGCCCCCUCAUACACCGCCAAUUUUGAACUCGGCCCGGCAGACCACCCCCCGAAAUUCGUGCAACCCCAUCCUCCUUAUGAUGUAUACCGGGCUCCUCUUCACCAUGCCCGUGAAUUGACUAAGAAUGGCGCGGAGAAGCGCACUUAUCACUUUGAUAUCGAUGUCACCGAUUACCCUGCCGAGAGUGGUAUGGUGGAUUUCGUCGUUGGCGGCGCGAUUGGCGUGUGCCCAAAGAACAAGCCUGAGGAAGUUGAAGAUGUACUGAAUCAGUUGUGUGUGCCCAAGUCGUUGCGAGAUAAGAAGGUCCUUAUGCGCACAACAAAGGGCCGGUGGCCCACCAUCUGGGGUGACGAUGAGCCCCGCGAGCUGGUUACCACAAGACGUGAGGUUCUGAGCUGGUGCUCAGAUAUCCAGAGUUACGCGCCGACCAAGUCACUCUUCCGGCUCCUGGCAGAAUACAGCAGCGAGGAGAACGAGAAGAAGAUCCUUGAGUACCUCUCGUCCGCCCAGGGCCAGGGUGCUUUCUGUGAGCUCCGCACCAGCUCUCACAUCAGCCUGUCCCAGUUGCUUCACGCCUUCCCCUCAUCGAAACCUCCUCUGGACCACCUUCUCUCCGUGCUCAACACCCUGAUGCCUCGCUUCUACUCCCUAUCCCAGGACCCCCAGAUUUCUUGCCAAUUUAAAGGCACCGAAUGCCGGCGCCUAGUCGAAGUAGCCGUGACUGUUGCAGAUUCCGAGGAUUGGAAGGGCGGUAUGCGCACCGGCGUGGGCUCGGGAUACCUUGAGCAGCUCGCUCAACGUGCAAUCGCAGCCGAAGCAGCCGGGGAGAAGAUUGAUAUUCACAUCCCCAUGUUCCGAGGCCUGAUGGCUAACCCGCUCGCUACGCGCUUCGCCUCUGAUGGACCCAUGCUACUGAUCGGCGCGGGUGUCGGUAUCGCUCCCUUCCGUGGAUUCGUCCAGCGUCGUCUGCAGUCUGCCAACUGUGCCAACAAGGUUUGGGUGCUCCAAGGUGUGCGAGACUCCUUGCUCGAUGAGCUGUAUAGCGGUGAAUGGGGCGUCCACGAGGACAAGGUCCGCACUGUUGUGCAAAGCCGUCGUGGCGAGAGUCGCUACGUCCAGGAAGAGGUCCGCCACCAGGCCGAUCUGGUCUGGUAUGUGAUCAACGCUCUCGAUGGCCGAGUCUUUGUCUGCGGUAGUGGCAAGGGCAUGGGCGAGGGUGUCGAGGCUGCUCUCGUUGAGGUUGCCAUGGCCAAGGGCAACCUGAACUUCGAGGAGGCCACCCUGUUCUGGCAGCGCAAGAAGGAAGCUGGCCAGUACAUUGCUGAAACCUGGUAA